GUAACUGUGACGAUCAAAGCGCCUCGUAUAUGCUGUAGGAAUUCUAAUCAUAGUAUGUCAUUGAUGUUGUGACGUGUUAUAUUUUUUUAACAAAAUACUCGGCGAAGCGUGUACUACGUACGGUAGAAAAGACGGCGAAUAUCGCAGUAAGAAAAAAUGAUGCAAGAUGAAGAUUUGGGUGGUCCAGCCAGACGGAAUGUUUUUAGUCAGGGGAUAACAAGAGUAUCACAGAUAUAUCAAAGAUACUUGGAUCUAUGGACACCGCAUAUAAUAUCAAGAUGGAUAUUCGCUUUAUUCCUAUUAGCUCUUUUUUUUCUACGUAUAUUUAUCUCACAAGGAUGGUACGUCGUAACAUACGCGUUAGGAAUAUAUCACCUCAAUUUAUUCAUAGCAUUCCUCACGCCAAAAAUUGAUCCUGCUAUGGAUUUCGAUGAUGGAGAUGGUCCUGAAUUACCGACAAGGUCUAAUGAGGAAUUUAGACCAUUCAUCAGGAGAUUACCCGAAUUCAAAUUUUGGUAUUCAAUGACAAAAUCUACGGUUUUUGCCAUGAUAUGCACAUUAUUUGAUUGCUUUAAUGUACCGGUAUUCUGGCCGAUACUCGUACUAUAUUUCAUAAUGCUAUUCAUCAUUACAAUGAAGCGACAGAUAGUGCAUAUGAUUAAGUACAAAUACCUGCCUUUUACUCAUGGCAAACCAAAAUAUCAGAAUCAUGAAGACACUUCACGGUUGAUACCAUCGAAAUGAAUAGAAACGAAGAAUACGUUUGACAGUGGAGACACGUAUACGUGUAAAUUUCAAUUUCUUUUAAUAAAGAACACAAGAAGAUAAAAUCCGAAGAAACUCUUAAUGCUAUGGAAGAGGGAAGACAUUGCCUUGUACGAGAAAAGAUUAAGGCGUGUUAUAACUCGAAAUUAUGUGUAACACAUCGUACAUGAACCGAAUAAUCUUAAUAUAUUUGUAUCAUAAAACUUGUACAAAGUAUUGUUAGUUCUUAUAUUAAAAGAAAAAGAUAAACUAUAUAGACACAUAGUAACAAUAUUGAAUAGUACACAGCUGUCAAUGUAGCAUGGUGAAUCUGUCAGGUCAGUGUGAGAAACUCGUAUACACAUAAGAAUCCGUUAAUAUAACCACAGAUUCGUUUCGUAACUCUAGAUGAUAUGAUUUCCUGACGUAUACAUUCCACACGAUUUGCUUACGUCUUUAAAAUAAGUGGCUGCUCUCUCGAGCGUCAUCUAAAUUCAAUCCAUAUUUCUCAUAGCCUUAGACGAAAGGCAUUGAAACACAGCAGCAUAUCCCACCGUCCGUGAAUCUGUCUUAAUUUGUUAAUGUCGUAUAUCGUCUCAAACAAAAGAAGUCGUGAAAUGUCAAAUAUAAGACCAAUCCUUGACACUGUGUGUGAAUUGCAUGAGUUAUCUAAACAUUUUUUAUAAACACUGGGAAACUUGCUAAAGCCUAAGAUUAUCAGCACUACAUCUACAUUAUCUAUAUAUACAUAUAUAGUAUAUCGCAGGUAUAUCACAAAUAUGCACGUGUAAUAGGGUGAGGCAUGUCAUCGAUUGAACAUAUUUCUGAACGUAUUUUUCUGUUAAUAUAUACUUAUAAAACUAUAGAAAUCUUGAACGUUCUAUAAUAAACUUGAAACUUAAAUUAUCGUCACAAAAUCGUCACCAUGCUGUGUGGUCUGUUUAUUUUUACCAUCUGAAAUAUCUCCAUUGUUUUUGAGAAUGAAAUAAAACGUUUCACAAGUGGAAUAUUAGUCAGAAAGGAUACAUUCUAUGAUUGGUAGAACACCUUCAAAAUCAUGGAAAGAAGUCAUCACAAUCAUAUAUAUUAUGUCAAUUAUGUAUAAUACAUAUACUUUCUUGAAAAAAACGAAUAAUUCCGCCUUAAAACAUUUUAUUCUAUUCUUAAAAGCAAUUGAGACGUUAUAAGUGGUAAAGAUAAACGAAUCUUCUUGUAUAUUGCUUAAUUAGUCGCAAUCUUGAUUAUAAAUAUCGUGAGACAAGAUCGAGUUUCAACCGAAUAAGUAUGAUAUGGUCAUUACGUAAUUUUUCAAAUAUACACGUCUAUGGAAAGAGUAUUGAUCUCUCAUCGGAAAUAUAUAUUUCCUUCAAAACUUAGCAACUUUGACUUAAAGCAUUUUUUGUUUACAACAGAUAUAUAAAAAGGAAUUAAUGUGUCACACUUUACGUGUCUCACCCUGCAUGUAUAGAUAAUGAUAGCGACUUGAUGCAUGAUGUACAUAGCUGGUAUUCUAUUCAGAAGAUUUACUUCGAUAUUAAUAUUAAGACCAGAUUUAUACACGGUAUUUUUGGUAUCAAUACUGAUAUUGAUACAAACAAGAUUUAUCGAAAAGUAACGAUUCCCUAUUUCCAUAUGCGAUCCUGAUAGUUUUAGUGUUAUUGAAACGGUUUACUUUUGUAUUAUUAUUAAUUGUAUUGAGUUAAUUAAUUACAGUUGUCCACAUCAUUUAAAAAGAAAACUAGUACAGCUUGGUUGCUAUUUGAACAUCUUUUUGCUAUUAAUAUUGAGAAGACUCAUGUUUUUAUAAAUACUUUUACAGUUUCCAAUAUUAUUAAUUAAUAUAGAAUUUAAAAAUAUACAGAAUAUAGGAUUGGGGAAUGUAAUCCGUUACUUGUAACGUUAUUGUUACAAGUUAUUUUUUUGCAACAAUUUGGUAAUGAUGGUUAUUUAAUAAUGGUUAUUUUUUUUUUUAAUUAAUAACAGUAACGAUAACGAAUAUAACAGUUAUUUUUAUCUUUACUUCGCAUACAGAAUACAUGUGCAUGGAAUGAGCAGAAGCGAGAAUCCACUCGUAAAAUCCCAAAAUAAAAAGUCUUUGAAAUUUGGUGCAAAAGUAACGAGAAUUUCGUAACGAUUCGUUACUUCUUGAAUAACAAUAACGAUAACGAUUUAUUUUCCGAAAAUAACUUUCCACAUUCUGACAGAACAUCAUUCUUGUGUAAAAGGAAAGAUAAAAGAACAUUUCGGAAGAUCUUAAUUAUUGAACUGAUAUUGUAGUGCAUUUCGCGUCUUCAAUCGGUCACUUUUUGUAUUCGAUGGAUAUCACACGAAAAGAUGUGUUCAGCCUACUUAAUUUGUUAUUUGACGUACACAGAGACGUCGCAAUAGUAUAAUUAUAAUAGAAAUUUACAUUUAUUUAGCAAUUUCUUACUAAACAUUAUAUACGAUACAUUGCAUGAGAAGUUCUAUUCAUUAAAAGUAAUAAUUUAACCUUGGAAUACUGGUCAUCAUUUUUAUUAAAAUACAAUGUGUACAGAACGACGCGUAUGUUUUCAAAAGCGUAUUAACCACUUGAGAAAUGCUUUCUUUUGUUCUGUGUGUCGUAUCUGAUAUAUGAUAUUGUUAAGACUGUAUUACUGAGAGUUAAUUAACGCAAAUUAUUCAGAGUAAAUUAACUCGUCUAAAAUUAAAUGAUACAUUCGCGUCAUGAGUCAUAUAAUAUCCGUUAAUAUAACAUCUCGCUAAGGUGGAACUUCAAAUCAAUAUUUUAUGCGAUGUUCUCUUGCAAAUCAAAGAGAAAUUAUGCGAUUAAGCGACCGGAUAAGAUCAAAAUCAUUAUUGUCAUUUGUGUUUCUAAUUUAAUACGCUUUUGUAAUAUUCAUACUUGGCGCCUACAUUUCUUACGAUCUUAAUAUUCUAGGGUUAAAAAUAGGAGAUCAAGUAACUGUAUUUUACAAAGACGCGCGACGAAUUCGCUCUAUAAUAUUACACAUUCGACGUUACGUGGCAAAUAAUGAUGCUCAGAAAAUUAAGAUUUGUACGAGGAUAAUUUUGGUACGAUUUUUAUAAUCGAGCACGAAGCGGUCCGGUUUGUUUGAUUGUACAUAGUAGAAUACAUCCGCGAAGUGAUACUUAUUGAAACGACGAUUGCACAGGUCACGAUCGUUUUCGUAUACACAUGUAAAAUGUAUAACUAAGAACUAGAUAAUGAGGAACUUUCAUUUCCGAUAAAAUGGUGUCGAUAAUUUUAUAUAUAUUAACAUUCAAUAUUACACUGUCCAAAGAUAUGUAGCGAAGCGUAUAGCGAAAUAUAGCUAUACGAACGGUAAGCUUUACGUUUUAACAUUUUUUAUGUGUAUGCGAUUAUAUGUAUAUGCAUAUGAAUACGUAUGAAUAUAUAUGUGUUUGUGUACGUGUGAAUAUGUAUAUCUGGCGAAGCACGUAAAGUGUAACGGGCACACAUGCAACAAACACAUACAUGUACGCAUACUUUUAGUAAAUAUUUUAGUAAAUAUUUUAUGAAGCUUUGCCAAAAUUUGUAUGUUGGCUUAUUCUAUAUUUUACUGUAUAAAAAAAUAUCUAUUUGUUUAAACUCGUGCAAAGAGAAAAUAAAAUUCUUAAUGAUCAGGUACAGUUGUUUGCGUACUUUGUAUUUGACGGUAACUACGUAACACACAUAUGUAUAUAUAUGGUCUCCCUUUCUUAUAAACGUUACAAUAAAAUCGUUGAUUGUAUUAUCAUUGAAUGACGGUAGUUGCAGAAACAUUAUAUUUUUUAUAUACAAAACAAGGAAUAUCUUGUUUCUUUGUAUUUUUGUUCCUUUUGUACGUAUCUUUCAUUUUAAUAAGUAUAAUUUAUACCGUUGUUUUCCUUAUCAUAGAAUGUUUUUCAAGUUUAUAGACGUACAGAAUGAGAAAUGCUUCAUUUGCGAUAUUUUUCUUUGUACAGUUAUAUUUGCAUUUUUAUCGGAAAACAUUACCAAAAAUUCUAUUCAUUCCUAUGCGCGACAUAUAAAAUUUAUUAUUUGCUUGGGAAGAAUUUCUUCCUCCUUGAUAAAUGUCUUUGUUACUCGUAUACAUUUUCGUAUACUUUCGUAAACUUUCGUUUACAAAGUAAGGAAAUAACGGAUAUUGAUGAAAACAUUAGAAACAAUAGAAUUACCGCCCGAACAGCAUAUGAUAUCUCAUGGACGUCUUUAGAACAUCGGGAUAUCCUGAGGAUAUUCUCAGGAUGUCUCUAAGGGAUCUGGGCUAUCUGGGCGACUAAUACAUGUUGUUGCGUAAAUUGAUCAAAUUUGUUAAGGUGUUAAAAAUAUUUUGAAUUUUAUAAAUUAAAAAAAUCUUAACUUCUUGUGAAUUUAACUGUUUAAAAAUGUUUGUACUUGAUUAAAAUAUUUGAUGCUAAUAAAACAAAUAAAUGAUAUAGAUACUAAUAAACGAAAAAUAAAUUUGUAAGUUAAUUAAACUUAUUACCAUCAUAAGAACUUAAAAAAUGGAAGAAUUAAUCUAGUUAAUUAAUUUAUAUUGU